UUUUGAUCUUUUAAUAAACUGUUUUUUUGAGUCAUUCAUUGUUUAUAGUUACUACAAUGAUUGAAGACUUUUCUUUUUGGUCUGAUGUUUUUGUUGCUUCUGGUUUAUGGAUUCCAAGGAUUUCUUUGAGAUUUCCUCCUUGAUUAGUUCAAUUUCUGAGAGCAUUUUAUGCAUUGAAUUCAAAAUGUAUUUGGUGGAGAGCAAAGGAGGGGCCAUAGGGUGCAUGCUGUUGGCCCUUUUCUUCUUAGGGACAUGGCCUGCUGUUUUGACUCUGUUAGAACGGCGAGGUCGUCUUCCUCAACAUACUUAUCUUGAUUACUCAAUCACCAAUUUAUUGGCUGCUCUUAUCAUCGCUUUUACGUUUGGCGAGAUAGGCAACGGGACACAAGAUGAACCGAAUUUCUUAACUCAACUUGCUCAGGAUAAUUGGCCCUCAGUUAUGUUUGCAAUGGCAGGUGGUGUGGUUCUAAGCCUUGGAAAUCUGUCAACACAAUAUGCAUUUGCUCUUGUUGGGUUGUCGGUUACCGAAGUGAUUACAGCAAGCAUAACUGUUGUUAUAGGCACGACGUUGAAUUACUUUUUGGAUGACAGAAUCAAUAGAGCUGAGAUUCUUUUCCCAGGAGUUGGUUGCUUUUUGGUAGCAGUUUGUCUAGGCUCUGCUGUUCAUUCGUCUAAUGCUGCUGAUAAUCAUGCUAAGCUUGAGGAUUUUUCGAGUGAUUACAAAGAUGCAGCCUUGAACUCUGUGAAAGAAGGAAACAUAGUCAAAUCAAAGGAUCUUGAAAGUGGAAGCAAUUCUGCAGAAAAAUUUAAAGCAGGCACUGCAGUUUUUCUUAUAGAACUUGAGAAAAGAAGAGCUAUUAAGGCAGGUUUUUGGGAAAAGCACUUUGAUUGGAUUGACUAUAACAUUCUUUGCUGGAAUCUGCUUUUCUUUGUUCUCACCAGCAUUCAACUUAGCAACAAUGACCAGUGGCACACUUUAAAAAAAGGGGUUCCCCAUUUGAGUGUUUACACUGCCUUUUUCUAUUUUUCAAUCUCUUGUUUUGUUAUUGGCAUAAUUCUUAACAUCAUUUUCCUUUAUCACCCUGUCUUAAACUUACCAAAGUCAUCAUUGAAAGCUUAUUUGGGAGACUGGAAUGGAAGAGGAUGGGCCUUGUUGGCUGGUUUUCUUUGUGGAUUUGGGAAUGGACUUCAGUUUAUGGGAGGUCAAGCUGCUGGAUAUGCUGCAGCAGAUGCUGUACAGGCACUUCCACUUGUGAGCACAUUUUGGGGCAUCGUUUUGUUUGGAGAAUAUAGGAAAUCCUCACGAAGAACAUAUAUACUCCUUGGGAGUAUGUUGUUUAUGUUUAUUGUGGCUGUUGCUGUUCUAAUGGCAUCAUCAGGGCAUAGGAAACAUUGAUUAAGCUUUUAUAGAUAUGGAACAAUAUACGGAGGAUUUGUUUGUGAUCUUAAUAAGAUAAUUCUCAAUGCAAAGGUUCUUUGGUCUCGAUCGGUGUGACAUUAACAAAGUAUUAAGAAAAUAAUGUAAAAGAAACAGAGUACAAACAAAAUUGAAAUACGAUUAAUGAUAUUGAUUUUUUUAA